CUUCCAACGAGAGAUCCUGAAGGACCAUUGCUGGCCGGGUGUGUAUGAACCCCCUUCCACUGCUCCGCUCAAAAGCAGAAGAACUUUCGCCUUUUUUCCCCCCGUCUUGCACAUGGUUCCCUUUCAUUUCGGCCUCCGCGCCUGUGGAUGGCGUUUGUGAUAGGCGUCUGAGAGACGGCUCAUCUCCACAACGUUCUUUAGCGUCGAGCGUGACGAGCUUGGAGAAACCCUGCUCUCCACGAGGCCACCAAGCGUGAAACGAAAAAGCAAAGAAGCUUCGCGAAUUCUUGCUCUGUGGACGCCGGACCGAAACCUCUCCACAUGACAUUGCGUGGAUGGUUGGCUAUCCCACCAUAUUAAUACAAAUCUUCACAAUUCAACGGCGACCAGCGCAGCCGCAUGUCGGAUCACAGCCGGUUCCCACUUUACGCGGGCCGUCUGUCCGGAUAGCCUCAGCCUAUUUGGCCGGCCCUGAGUUGGCCACCCCAGAGGGUGUUAUCAGCUGUGAGCAAACAAGGGGCCGAGAUGGGGUUUUGGCCUCUAGAACCCCAUCCUCAGGAGGCUGAAGAAAGGGGCCUGAGCAUCACUGGCCGCGUUUCGAUGCUUAGAAAUGGCUCUCAUUCGAUCAUAGGUUUGCCGCGCAAUGCGCUCGAGGCAUGCCGGCGAAUAUAACAAGCCCCGCAAGUUCUGCGCAAAUAUGGAGUCUCGCGCUGUGAGAAAUUCUCCUUUGCGGACGAGUUAACGAACUAAAGCAUCGGUCGGUGCAUCGAGACAGGGGUCCGCACCAUUGCUUUUGCUGGCAGUGGACGUCAUGGGAACGUUCCAGGAAGACUCUUGAAAGAAAUGCGUCUUUUGGUCCCGUUAUCCGAUAUACUCGACCGUCCUGUGUGAACUAGCUUGUCUGCAAGUAAGGCUAUACCACUUAUGGAGUAGGGAGUAGGGAGUACACUACAUUAAUACCCAUCACAGCAAAGCAGUUAAUACGGAGGGAGUGAGGUGGUCAGGGAUCAGCGCCACGAAGCCGUGGUUUUGACCUGAAGAUAGCUGAUCCAGCAACCUGGCGCAGGCUACGGAGCACUACAAACUCGGCCUUUUC